UGCAGCAGAAUCCCUCUCAAUGAAGCCUCUCUCAGGUCUGUCUGACUAACUAGUGCUGCAUUGGAGGAAAGAGACAGAGAGAGAGCGGGACACACACACACACACACACACGCACACACAACACAUACUGCAGGACUGCAUGAGCCGAGCACCAGCAUCCAUCAGCGGAUCUACAGAGCCUCCCCUGCCCGGCACGGCGCUCUCCGGCUGCGAACGGCACCAUGGCACAAGCCGCCAAACAUCUGCGCAAAAACAAGGAUUUAGAGGCUCUCGCCGAGCAGGAGAGGAAGGAGAAGGAGGAGGAGAAGUCCAAGAAGAGGAGCCGAUCGCGGGAGAAAAAGCGCAAGGCCCACGUCGUUCAUCGCUGGCUAAUCGAUCAGGACAAUAGUGUGAGCUCUGAGCUGCCGGAUGGCCAGGGAGUGUGGCACUAUGAUGAAACAGCUGACGCUGCCACCAGUUUCCUCCGCGCAGCUCGCUCAGGUAAUCUGGAAAAGGCUCUAGACCACAUCAAGAACGGCAUCGACAUCAACACAGCCAAUCAGAAUGGACUCAACGGGCUGCAUUUGGCCUCCAAGGAAGGCCAUGUUAAAAUGGUGCUGGAGCUGCUUCACCAUGGUAUUGUACUUGAGACGACAACGAAGAAAGGGAACACUGCUCUUCAUAUAGCGGCGUUGGCUGGCCAGGAGCAGGUGGUCACUGAACUGGUCAACUAUGGAGCAAACGUCAACGCUCAGUCUCAGAAGGGCUUCACGCCGCUCUACAUGGCAGCACAAGAGAAUCAUCUGGAGGUUGUGAAGUUUCUGCUGGAUAACGGAGCCAAUCAGACCAUUCCAACUGAGGAUGGCUUUACCCCUCUUGCUGUGGCUCUUCAGCAGGGCCAUGAGAAUGUGGUGGCCCUGCUCAUCAACCACGGUACUAAGGGCAAGGUCCGCCUUCCCGCACUGCACAUCGCUGCCCGAAACGACGACACCCGCACUGCCGCUGUGCUCUUACAGAACGACCCCAAUCCUGACGUCCUGAGCAAGACAGGCUUCACGCCGCUCCACAUCGCAGCACAUUAUGAAAACCUGAAUGUUGCUCAGCUUCUUCUGAACCGAGGAGCUGAUGUGAACUUCACACCUAAGAACGGGAUCACACCGCUGCACAUCGCAUCCAGGAGAGGGAACGUCAUCAUGGUCAGACUUCUGCUGGACCGAGGAGCAAAGAUCGAUGCCAAGACAAAAGAUGAGUUGACUCCUCUUCACUGUGCUGCCAGAAAUGGCCAUGUGAGAAUCAUCGAGAUCCUUCUGGACCAAGGAGCCCCAAUACAGGCCAAGACCAAAAAUGGCCUGUCGCCGAUCCACAUGGCAGCCCAGGGCGAUCACUUGGACUGUAUCCGACAGCUCUUACAGUACAACGCAGAGAUCGAUGACAUCACUCUGGACCACCUGACACCUCUGCAUGUGGCGGCUCACUGCGGGCAUCACCGCGUGGCCAAGGUGCUCCUGGAUAAAGGAGCCAAACCAAACACCCGCGCUCUGAAUGGAUUCACGCCGCUCCACAUUGCCUGUAAGAAGAACCACAUGCGUGUAAUGGACCUGCUAUUAAAGCAUUCUGCAUCCCUGGAAGCUGUAACCGAGUCAGGCUUGACCCCGCUGCAUGUGUCCUCCUUCAUGGGUCAUCUGAAUAUAGUCAAGAUACUGAUGCAAAAAGGAGCUUCGCCGAACGCCUCAAAUGUGAAAGUGGAAACCCCUCUGCAUAUGGCAUCUCGAGCUGGACACUGUGAAGUUGCUGAAUUCCUAUUGCAAAAUGCAGCUCCAGUUGAUGCCAAAGCCAAGGAUGACCAGACGCCGCUACACUGUGCCUCCCGCAUGGGCCACAACGAGAUGGUGAAGUUGCUUCUGGAGCACAAGGCCAACUCAAACUCCACCACCACAGCAGGACACACACCGCUGCACAUCGCGGCCCGCGAGGGACACACACAAACUGCCAGCAUCCUCCUGGACAUGAACGCCCAGCUCACCAAAAUGACCAAGAAAGGCUUCACUCCUCUUCAUGUUGCAGCCAAAUACGGAAAGGUGGACGUGGCAGUUCUGCUUCUGGAGAGGGGAGCAAAUCCAAACGCUGCUGGAAAAGUUGGACUCACGCCGCUGCAUGUGGCCGUCCAUCAUAACAAUCUAGAUGUGGUCAAUCUUUUACUCAGCAAAGGAGGAUCACCACACAGCGCCGCUCGGAAUGGCUAUACUCCGCUCCACAUUGCUUCCAAACAGAACCAGGCGGAGGUGGCGAGCAGUUUACUGCAGCACGGGGCGUCUGCCAAUGCUGAGUCUCUGCAAGGGGUCACACCUCUACACCUCGCCUCUCAAGAGGGUCAACCUGACAUGGUGUUACUGCUCAUCUCCAAGCAGGCCAAUGUAAACCUUGGCAAUAAGAGCGGUCUGACUCCUCUUCAUCUUGUGGCUCAGGAAGGGCAUGUUGGGAUUGCUGAUAUACUAGUGAAACAUGGAGCAUCUGUUUAUGCUGCCACACGGAUGGGUUACACUCCGCUUCACGUGGCUUGUCAUUAUGGGAAUAUCAAGAUGGUGAAGUUUCUCUUACAGCAGCAGGCCAACGUAAACUGCAAGACCAGGAUGAGCUACACGCCGCUACAUCAGGCUGCUCAGCAGGGUCAUACGGACAUCGUGACGCUUCUGCUGAAACACGGAGCACAACCGAAUGAAGUUACAUCUAACGGCACCUCUGCUCUUGCCAUCGCCAAGCGGCUUGGAUACAUUUCAGUCAUCGAUGUGCUCAAACUGGUCACUGAAGAGACGGUCACUAUGACCACCACUGAAAAACAUCGCAUGAGUUUCCCUGAAACCGUUGAUGAGAUCCUGGAUGUGUCUGAAGAUGAAGGAAUUGCACAGCUAACAUUAGGCGAGGAGCUGCUGGGAAACGAGGGCGCCAGGUAUUUGAUGAAGAUGGAGGACAUAAAGGACCAUGAUGAGGAUUUCCUUUCCCCCAAGAAAGUUCUAGAGUACGAGGGAGAGUUGGAGAAUCAUUCUCCUGCUAUCCCGAGGAUCCCGUGUGUGUCUCCUGAGACUGUCAUGCUGAAAGAGCAUGAGAUGGAGCAGCAGCACACUCCACUUCCAUUGCCCAAAGAGUACGACGAGGAUUCUCUGAUUCCCAGCAGUCCUGCAACUGAGACUUCAGACAAUGUCAGUCCGGUUGCCAGUCCCAUCCACACCGGUUUUCUGGUGAGCUUCAUGGUGGAUGCUCGCGGCGGCUCGAUGCGCGGCAGCAGACACAACGGCCUCCGCGUCAUCAUUCCUCCUCGAACCUGCGCCGCUCCCACACGCAUCACCUGCCGCCUGGUGAAGCCCCAGAAGCUGCCCACACCGCCGCCAUUAGUGGAGGGAGAGGGUCUCGCCAGCCGCAUCAUCUCCCUUGGACCCGCCAGCAUGCAGUUUUUAGGGCCUGUGAUUGUGGAGAUUCCUCAUUUUGCGGCUCUCGGUCGGGGAGAUCGGGAACUCGUGGUCUUGAGGAGUGAGAACGGAUCGGUCUGGAAGGAACAUCGUAACCGAUAUGGAGAUGAAGUGCUAGAGACCAUCCUCAACGGCAUGGAUGAAGAUCUGGAGAGUCAGGAGGAGCUCGGGAAGAAACGCAUCAGACGGAUCAUCUCCACCGACUUCCCGCUCUACUUUGCGGUGGUGUCUCGCAUCCAGCAGGAGAACGAUCUGAUUGGCCCAGAAGGAGGUUUUCUGUCCAGUAAACUGGUGCCGAUGGUCCAGGCCACCUUUCCAGAGACAGCCGUCACCAAACGCGUGCGUCUGGGACUGCAGGCCCAGCCGGUGCCUGAUGAGCUGGUGGCCAAGCUUUUGGGGAACCAGGCCACGUUCAGUCCUGUGGUGACGGUGGAGCCUCGGCGCCGGAAGUUUCACCGUCCCAUCGGCCUAAGAAUCCCACUGCCACCCUCAUGGAGAGAGAGCCCGCGGGACGCCGGAGAGGGAGACACCACCAGCCUGCGCCUGCUCUGCAGCGUCAUCGGUGGAACAGCUCCUGCCCAGUGGGAAGAUAUAACUGGCACCACCAAACUGGCGUAUUCCAAUGACUGUGCCAGUUUCACCACCAACGUCUCUGCCCGAUUCUGGCUGGCGGACUGUCCUCGGACUGCGGAGGCCGUGUCCUUUGCCAACCUCCUGUACCGCGAGCUGUCGGCCGUGCCGUACAUGGCCAAGUUUGUAGUGUUUGCGAAGAUGAAUGAAGCUCGCGAGGGUCGACUCCGCUGCUACUGCAUGACGGAUGACAAGAUGGACAAAACCCUGGAGCAGCACGAGAACUUCUCGGAAGUGGCUCGCAGCAGAGACAUCGAGGUGAUGGAGGGAAUGCCGCUGUAUUUGGAGUGUUCAGGAAACUUGGUUCCUAUAAGAAAAGCAGCCCAGCAGCCUCGCUGUUUCAGCUUCCAGGCCUUUAAAGACAACAGACUGCCUGUGUCCGUCAAGGUGAGGGACAGCAGUAAAGACCCCUCUGGGUUUUUGUCUUUCUUGCGCAAGUCAACCAAAUAUGAAGACAGCCAACACGUGCUGUGCAACCUCAACGUGACCAUGCCGCCGUGCAUUAAGAUUAUGGGCAGCGAUGAGCGGAGGAGGACUCUGACUCCUCUGGCUCUCAGAGAAAGAUACAGCGCUCUGAAUGAACCGGCAAUGGCAUCACUGAGCGCCAUGGAAAGGACGGAGUUAAAGAUGGCUUUAAUAGCUGAACAGCUAGGCCUGAGCUGGGCUGAGUUGGGACGGGAACUGCAGUUUAAUGUAGAUGAAAUAAAUAAGAUCCGUGUGGAGAAUCCCAACUCCCUUUUAGAGCAGAGCUCAACGCUGCUCAACCUGUGGGCCGCCCGAGAGGGGAAGAGAGCCAAAAUGGACAGCCUGUACGUGGCCCUCAAGAGCAUCGACCGAGUGGACAUUGUGAACAUGAUGGAGGGCCAGGGAGGACCACCGGCGGGUCAGCAGGGGGGCUGGGAGCAGGACGCUUCUAGGUCUAGGCAUCACGACCGAGACCAUCUCUCACCUGGAAUCACAAAUGGUUACGGGCUGGUGGUGCAGGAGGAACUAGUGUCACCGGCCUCCAUGCAGUACAGUCUGCCCUCGCCACUGGGCAAUGAGCCCUACUGGCAGGAGGUUUCCAGCAUGGAGUGCGCGCCCAUCGCCACCACUGAAGAAGACACGCUCAUGGAGAUGUCCGAGGUACAGGUUUGGCCCUCAGGAAAUAGUCCGUCCAUUGUGGCUGUAGAGGACUCCUCAUUGGAGUGCAGCAAUGCGGACGACUCCGAGGCGCUGCAGAACCGGAGCCUGGGUCACUCCAGGAGCGGGACGCCCGGUGGGAACGGACUCACUCCGGGAGGUUUAAGUGGCUCCAUCGAGCUCCUGGAGGAUCAGUCCAUCGGUGCGGAUUCAGACUACAGUGCCGCCGGGAUGCUGCGUCUGAGCGAAGGGGUCAACAUCAGUGCUCUGGACAGAGGUCAGAGGUCGGAGAGUUCAGAAGGGGCUGUAGGUCACCAAGUCACCAACAACAUUAAAGACGGUUCCAAUGGAGGUUUGGGAGAAGGAGGAGGUGACGGCACACAGUUAGAAGAUAGCAUAUCUCUCAUUUCAGGGCAACAGCGUGUGUAUGCUCGAAUGAGCGAGUCGCCUGGGCUGAGAAGACGGGCAGAUCCUGGCGAAGACAGGUUAAGCGCAGGGUCGUUCCUGUCUUAUCUGCAGGAUCAGGGCUCUCCUGGUUGGCAUUCGGCUGCAGAAGCGACUCAGAACAGAUUGGCGUCUUUGCAAUGCUCCCUUCCUAGGCAGGCAAUAGAGUCUAUGAUGUCAUCGGUGCGAGCUACGGUGGACUCUGACUCCAAGCAGUCUUGUUUGGGCCAGGAGGCUCUGAUUGAGCCAGUGCGGGACAUGGGGCACUCUGAGAUCAUCCAUGGCCAUUAUCAGGGGACUCAGCCGUUUGAGAAAGGACUCGGCUUCCCGCACAGAACAACCAACAUGCGCACUUGGGAGGACAUGCGUCUGAGCGGACAGGGUGAUGAGGCUGAGGAUCUUCCAGGAGAGCAAGUGAGCGAGGAGCAAUUCACAGACGAGCAUGGCAACAUCGUCACCAAAAAGAUUGUGAGGAAAGUGGUCCGGAGAGGAAAAGGGGAGGAAGGGGGUCAGGAGCUGAUCAUUGAAGGUCUGCAGCAGGAUAUCAGUGAGCCUGACUUUGAUGGAGAACAGUUCAUGAGCUAUGCCGUCCUGGGACGUGACAGCAAGCCGGAUGUUGUGGAUGUGAAGAGAGGAGGUGCUCAGAUAGUCAAAUGUGCGAGUCUGCGGAGAGUAAAGCAGUGAGUCUGAGAGACUCCUCCUGCCUGCAGGACUCGACUCCUUCACCCAAACCAUCCUUCACUGACUCAUGACGGGCGUCAAUUAAAGAAGAACCCAAAAUCGCGGGAGAUAGGCAACGGAGAUCAACCACGAAAAGAGAUUUUAGGAUUUUUUUAAAAACAAACAAAAAAAAAAAGCAAACAAUAAAGGCUAGAGGCAUGAUUUCUUACAAAACCAAACCAAACCAUGAAAAAAGAGCAAGCAUUUGAGAAGUGCUUCCUGUAAUCUCAGUAAUAUCAGCAUGUGAACGUGCUGUCGCAUGGCCUGCCUUUACAUACAGCACCGACCGCAAGCAAUUAUGAGGUGAGGAAAAAUACUGUGGUACCGCAAGGGCUGUACAUGGUUAUUUGGAAAGACUUUUGGCCAGCAGGAGGCGCACGCUUGAAAUCGCCGUUUAGGAGCACGUGGGACACGAAAGCUAGUUUUAAUAAUAAUAAUAAUAAUAAUAAGUCAAUAAUCCAGCAAGAGAUUUUUUUUUUCUGAAUUUAGUCUUCCAAGCGAGUCCAGAACACCCAAAUAUUGACGCUAUAUCCCGCCAGGAGGAGUUUCUGACGCUCUUAAACUGGUGUUAUACAUGAUAUGCACUCAAAUAUGAUGUGAAUGUACUACUCUGUGUGUGUGUGUGUGUGUACGCCUGUUCUUUUUCACAGCCAAAACAACAACAAAAUAUGGAUCAACCUAUGCGAUGAAUAUGCUGCUGUCUCCUGAAGUCUUGUUCAGUCCAAUAGUACGUGUCUUGUGUAUUGUAAAGGUAUAAUACUCGUGUAGCUGUGUGUUGCCUGAGAUAUACGGGCUCAAGGGAUAUAAUUUGUGCAGUUUUUAAUGUGUGUUUUUUGGUGGGAUGCGCUACAUUGGACGUACUUUUAACACUGUGGGGCUCUGUAUGAACACGUUUGCAGAUGAUGCCAUUUAUAUCGCAGACCUCUGUGUCAUAUGAACCCUCUUAAUAACGUGAUAUUAUGCACAGAGGAGAAUUAUAUCAACAUCACGUCAUUAGCAUUUGCUUUAUUCCACUAAUGGGAAGAUAUUUGUGCAUUAUUAUUAUUAUUAUUAUUAUUAUUAUUAUUAUUAGGCUACGAGUGAAAAAAGCAAUAACUUUUUCUUUUGAACACUACUGAAAAAGUCUAACCUUUCAAAAAUUGCUAUAUAUUUACUUAAUCUUGUCAUUUAUUUUGUUAGAUACACAUUUAAAAGCAAUUAAUUUUGCAAAGUACACAUCCAUCGGUUAACUACAAUCGAACUAACAAUGAAGACUAACUCUAAAAUAUUUAAUAAUCUUGGUUCAUGGUAAUCCUGCCAUUGCUAACGCAUUAUUAAAAUGAACACAUUGUCUUUUGUAAUAUUAUUUAACAGACAUGAGAUGACUAAAACAGUUAACAAAGAUUAAUAAAUACUCCAAAAUACUGAUAUAUUAUCUAAUUUUAACUAAUAGACUUUUAUUCUAAAGGGUUGCCAGAUGUUUUAGCAAGAGUCCUUCCUAUUAUGGACUUGUGGCAGUCCAAAAAUGAUCAUGCAAAUAUUUUAUUAAAGCCAGUAUGUCCUGUGUUCAUACAUAACUUAGCCCAAAAUAUCUCUAUAUUUAAGAUAUGCAUACAUAUCAGCAGCAGCAAUGUAGCACACACAUACUGUACACACGUAGCCGCUGAAGACAAAAUUAUUAGACUACUACAUUAUUUCCUGUGAAAUUUAAGUUGUUCUUUUUAAAUAUUUCCCAAAUUGUUUUUAUUUUCUACAAAUGUGUGAUCAAUAUGUGUUUAAUAGCUAAUUUCUAAUUGCUAAAUUAUUUUGUCUUUGUCAUGAUGACAGUAGAAAACAUUACUAGUUAUUUUGCAAGAUACUACGUUCAGCUUAAAGUGACAUUUAAAGGCCUAACUAGGUUAAUUAGGUUAAUUAAUAUGGAAACUUGAAAUAUGAUUCCAUUUAAACUAAAAUAACAAACAAAAGACUUCUCUAGAAUAAAAAUAUAAUAGGAAAUAUUGUAAAAAAUGUCCUUGCUCUGUUAAAAAAAUGCUUAAUAAAUAUUUGAAAAAGCAUUAAAAUUUCACAGGAGGAUCUAAUAAUUUAGUCUUAAACUGUAUAGUUGGUUUUUACUCUACAGGUUUACAGUGAAAAUUAGCAUUUACCUGAUGAAAACAGACAUAUCAAAUAGGCUUUCGAUUACUUUAUAGUGAUCAAAAGUCAUUUAUACUUUAAUACCGGGUGUAAUAAAUGAAAUGAAAUAAAUUCACAUGCGAAUAAAGUGCAUUACAGCCAUCUACAAUUUCUGCAGUGCUGGUUCCAGAAGUGUUUUUUAUAUUCAUUUUCCGCAUAUGAUUUAAAAACAUGGUAACACUUUAUAAUGAUGGUCCAUUAGUUCAUGUAUUUACCAACAUUAAGUAUGAUAAUCUUGUAGAGUAUUUAUUAAAUAUAGUUUAACAUUUACCAAUGCAUUAUUAAUAUCCAAAGUUGUGCUUGUUAACAUUAGUUAAUGCACCGUACGUUAUUUAACUUAACUGACUUUAACAAAUUGCAAUUAUGUUCAUUAGUAAAUACAUUCACUAACGUUAACUAAUGGGGCAUUUAUUUAUAGUGUUACCAACAACAUUUUUGUUCAAUCAUUAUAUGAAGCAAAGAUACAACCAGAUACAAGAAUUACAACACUUGAUUUAAAGCAAAAAAAAAAUAUGUAUGAAAAUCAGAGAAAAUAUAUAUUUUUUAAGUUGAUUUGAUUGGUUGGGUUUUGAUUUGUGGCCAAAUAGGCAGUGUGUGGAAGGCCUGAAAAUCUAUUUUUGGCAAGAUUAAAUCAAGGCUGCUCUAUUAUUGGUGGAAUUUUUCUGCUCGGCAUUAUGGGAAAUGUAGUUUUAAUGCAUGAAAUCCGAUUUAAUACAGAGAGUUGACGACUGGAGUUGAAUUACCGUGAGCACAAAAACAACAUUUUGAGCAGAAAAAUUGCAUGAAAAUCAGAGAAGAUAUAUAUAUUUUAAGUUGUUUAGAUUGAUUGGUUGUGAUUUUGUAGCCAAAUAUACAGUUAUUUUAAUUUAUAAAUGUAUUUUGAGAGUGUACAGGAGACUCUACUACAUAAUUUAUAGUGCUUUAUGGGUGUUGCAGGCCUGAAAAUGUAUUUUUGCCCAGAAUUAAAGCACUGCUGCUCUC